GAGCGGAAGGCCGCAGGAGCGCACUUCCGGUCUUUGUGGCUCGCCGCUCCGAGUCGGCGGCUUGCACCCUGGCCGCUGCUGGGCUUCGCGGAAAGAAGAGAUUACUCAAAGAAACUCUGAAAUACUGUACCCAGUUGUAGUGAGCUUUUUGCUCCACUGUUUAGGCCAGAAUGGCUGUGGAAUCCAGAGCAGUUUCAACCUUGGUACCUCAGAGUCCUCAGGAUCAAGAACUAAUACUAGUGAAAGUAGAAGAAAGCCUUUCCUGGGGUCAGAAAUGUAAGCAGAGUGGGAGCAUCAGAUCCUGCCAAGAACUGUUCCGCCAGCAGUUCAGAAAGUUUUGCUACCAGGAGACACCUGGGCCCCGGGAAGCUCUGGGCCGACUCCAGGAGCUUUGCCAUCAGUGGCUCAUGCCAGAGUUGCACACCAAGGAGCAGAUCCUGGAGCUGCUGGUGCUGGAGCAGUUUCUGAGCAUCCUGCCUGAGGAGCUGCAGAUUUGGGUUCAGCAACAUAGUCCAAAAAGCGGCGAGGAAGCUGUGACCCUGUUGGAGGAUUUGGAGAGGGAAUUUGAUGAUCCAGGGCAGCAGCAGGGACCAGCAGUACCAUGGAAGGAUUUGACAGGUCUUGGAACAUCCCAAGAGUUAACAAACAUCCAACUCCAGCCUUUAAAGACACAGCUGAAACCCUGGGAACCUUGCCUUUCCCCCCAAAAUGAUUGUGAGAACGGUGAAUCAGUGACCAAGAAGGACAUUUCAGGAGAAAAAUCACAAGGACGUCCCCAGGAACCUUCAUCUGGAGGAGUUAGUGAACACAACAGCGAUUUAGAGUGGCAACAAGAAAGUGCUACGGGGGAGAAAUUAAGAAGAUACCCUUCCCAAGAGGGCAGUUUUAGUCAAGUAAUCUUCACACAUAAAUCUCUGGGAAAGAGAGACCAUCAUGAGCCUCAAAGCAGCUUGAUUCUAAGUACAAACUCUAUAACUUAUCAGAAAGUUCCUACAGAAGAGAGACCUUAUAGAUGUGAUGUAUGUGGGCACAGCUUCAAACAGCAUUCCUCUCUAACACAACAUCAGAGAAUCCAUACUGGAGAAAAGCCCUAUAAGUGUAACCAGUGUGGGAAGGCUUUUAGUUUGAGGUCCUACCUUAUCAUUCAUCAGAGAAUUCACAGUGGUGAGAAAGCAUAUGAAUGUAGUGAAUGUGGGAAAGCCUUCAAUCAGAGCUCAGCCCUCAUUAGACAUCGCAAAAUUCAUACUGGGGAGAAAGCUUGUAAGUGUAAUGAAUGUGGCAAAGCAUUCAGUCAAAGUUCGUAUCUCAUUAUACAUCAAAGAAUUCACACUGGUGAGAAACCCUAUGAGUGUAAUGAGUGUGGGAAAACCUUUAGCCAAAGCUCAAAGCUUAUUAGACACCAGCGAAUUCAUACAGGAGAGAGACCUUAUGAAUGUAAUGAAUGUGGAAAAGCUUUCAGGCAGAGUUCAGAGCUGAUAACCCAUCAGAGAAUACAUAGUGGAGAGAAACCCUAUGAAUGUAAUGAGUGUGGAAAAGCUUUCAGUUUGAGCUCAAACCUCAUCAGACAUCAGAGGAUUCAUAGCGGAGAGGAACCUUAUCAGUGUAAUGAAUGUGGCAAAACCUUCAAAAGGAGCUCAGCCCUUGUUCAGCAUCAGAGAAUCCAUUCUGGGGAUGAAGCUUACAUAUGUAACGAAUGUGGGAAGGCUUUCAGGCACAGAUCAGUCCUCAUGCGCCACCAGAGGGUCCACACUGUAAAAUAAUAUGUGAAUACAAUGAAUGUUGUAAAUAUUUCGGUCAGAUUUUUAUCUUUGUUAGUUGAAAGGGUUUACUUUGGAAUAAGAUUCCAGGCUGGUAGACUACCAGGUCUGGAGUCUUUCUGACUUAACUAAGCAGCACUUCCCAAUGCUAAUGCAAAUUGUCCCUUGAAAGCUUUUCCUAGGACUAAUCAGAACAGCAGAUGGAAGAAUCACUGCUUCCAGCUUUUCUCUUACCAUUAGGAAUACUCAGGAAAUAAGAAAAAUGGGAAUAUAACAUUGAAACCUCAUUUUCCAUGAGAAUGUCAUGAAGGGGGUACAGCAACCCGGGCUGUCUCUGCAUCUGAUUGUCCACAUGCCAGGUUUGGGAUAUGGUGUGGACAGUAUGAGGGACAUUUUGUCUCAGGAAUACAAAAUUUUACUGGCCAAUUAAGAACAGUGGCAGGGCAGCAAGACAGAUAGGGAAACAGUUCAUCGAUAAUGUGUUGAGCCCAGGGCAGUCCAGAAAUGAGGUAGUGGAAAGAAUACAAAUUAAUUUAUCCAACAGUUAUUUUUUGAGGGCCUGUGUUGUGUCAGGCACUAGGAGUACAAUGGGAAAUAAGAAUGUCUCUGCAGUUGAAUGGGCAAGGCAGACCGGCAUUAUGGCAUAUCAGGGCUCUGAGACAUUAAGGAGUACCUGACCCAACCUUGGAUCAGGGGAAGUUUCUGAGAAAAAUGAACUAAAGGGUGAACAGGAGUUAGCCAGGUAAGUAGGCAGGCCAGGGAACAAUAUUCCCAGUAGAGGAACAGACAAAGGUCAGGAAGAAUGUCUGAGAAAAGGCCAUUUUGUGUGGAGUAUUCCUGUUGAGUUGCUUUUGAAGUGGAGUCCUGUCUGUAAGAGAAGCAUGGAUGUGGAGAAGCUUCUGUUAUUAGACAAAAUCAGGAGUUCUUGGACCACAGGGUAGAGCGGAGCUUUGUCUUGGUCUGGUGUGAGCUGGGGGAAAGGGUUAAUAACUAGUUCCUUGCCUAGGCUCAG